AUGGUGAAUGCACAAGAACUGGAGGCACAAAGACAAAGGUUGGGACUAGAAGCUGAAGUCGCUGCAAGAGGUGUUAAGCAGAACGGUGGUAACAACCAACCUAGGGUGCGCCAACCAAUAGCUCCAAGGGGUAGAGCUCAGCAUCCAGCGCAUAUGAUGUAUGAUGAAGAUGAUGCAAAUUUGGAUGGAGCUGGAGCCACUGGAGCGAUAGUGUUGCCUGCACUACCUCCAGGUGUUAAGUUCACAAUCACCAGCACUAUGAUUCAAUUGUUGAACCUUAAGGGUAUGUUUAGGGGUGCCGCUGGUGAUGAUGCAAAUCAGCACUUGAUGAACUUUGUGGCUAUCUGUAAGUCACAAGAGAUUCCUGGGGUAAAUCAAACAGCAAUGAGAUUGAGGUUGUUUCCAUUGUUUCUAACGGGAGAGGCAACUAACUGGUUGAAUGAGAUGCCAGAUGACUCCAUCAGAACUUGGAAUGAGUUGAAGGAAACUUUCCUGGAACGAUUCCUCCCAGAAUCAAAAGAGUUGCAGAUGAAGGACGAGAUUAGUACACACAAGCAACUACCAGGAGAAGCCAUGCAUGAUACUUGGUGGAGGUUCAGCCAAAAGUUAAAGAAAUGCCCCAACCAUGAUCUUACCGAAAGGCAUCUUAAACAGGACUUUUAUAGGUCUUUGAAUUAUGUUACUAAAUCUUUUGUUGAUGCAGUUUGUGGAGGCUCAUUUAUGAGGAAGCCAUUUGCAGAAAGCAUACAACUAUUAGAUGAGGUCUCAAUGAACAACAGAGCAUGGUACACUAGAGAUGCAGAGGUAGGAGAGCUCGGGUAUACAUUUGAGCUUUCAACUGAUCAAAGGAAGAGAGAAGAAGAAAGAGACCAAGACAUGACACAUAUGAGGACUCAAAUAGACUUGCUCACAGAGCACAUUGUUGACAAGUCUGAAAAGGUGAAUGCUGUGGGACAGCAACACAAGUAUGAAGAUCAGGAUCUUGACAUUGAUGAGGAUGCUAACUAUUUGGGAAAUCAAGAAGGUUUCCAGAAUUAUAACUCUGGAAAUCAGGGUUACGAUUCUGGAAAUGCAGGUCGGAGCUAUGCUAGCCAUGGUCAGUAUGAAUGGCCAGCAAAUAGAGAUCAAGGAAACUGGAAAAACAGAGAGGGGUAUAAGAAUGACCGCAGUGGUGUAUAUGUACCUCCAGGUAAUAGAGACUGGGUGCGUGGUAGUUCUAAUGGGUCCAAGCUGGAAGACAUGAUGGCUAAGGUACUUCAAAAUGUUGAGUCAACUGAUGCAGGGGUGAAAGAAAUUAGAGAUGACUUCUCGAGCAUGAGUAUAAAGUAUGAACAGGUCUUGGAGCAAGCUAAAACAGAGGAGGAUGAGAAUAUACAGCCACGGGAUAUGAAUGUGAUAACUGCAAUAGAGAUGGUCACUGAUGAAGACAUGAGGGUACCUAUAGAAGAGAGAAUGGUUGUUGAAACAUUAACAGCAGUACUGAUGAACUUUGAUGUAGAUUUCCGGUCUGAUUAUGUAGAGACCGUGAAUGCCUUGCAGGAUUUGAAUGAAGAGCAGGUACAAAAGGUGAUCAAGGUGCUAAAAAGUUACAAAAGAGCCAUUGGAUGGACCAUUGCUGAUAUAAUUGGGAUACCUCCAGGUAUUUGCACGCAUAAGAUUCAGCUUGAGGAAGACUGCAGCCCGAGUAUUGAACACCAACGGAGCCACUGGGUCAGUCCAGUGCAAUGUGUGCCUAAAAAGGGAGGUAUGACUGUGGUAGCGAAUGCCAAGAAUGAACUAGUCCCACAGAGACCGGUCACUGGAUGGCGAGUGUGCAUUGAUUAA